UCAACCUGGAGGAGAGUAAAACUCGCAGCAGCCGAACAGAAACCGCGAACACAACAAGUUCACACCAAUAUGGGACUUUUAUGCUUUUACUACACAACACGGGGACGUAUUUUAUAAUCGUGUGGAUGUCGAUUGACAACUUUUAGUCGGGAAUUAGUCGACGUGUUGUUGGCGCGUCAGUUGAAACAGAGUUCUGCUUUCAGUCGGAUGGAAGUGAGUGAGACAGGUCAGUUUUAAAGACAGACAGGUCGGUUUAACGGCUCCCUCCGAGGACAUUUAGUGUCGCUUUCAGUUCAAUGUCCGCAGCAAACUGCGCAGAGGAGCUGGACUUCAGACUGAUCUUUGAGGAGGACGGAAGACAGACGACAGGUCCGGAUCUCAAUGUGAGGACUCCUCCCUCCUCCACACAGGCUCUAGCCGAGCAGCCCGUCAGCCCGGAGCUGCGCAGUCACCCUCCAUAUUUCUGCACCACAGACAACUACCAGCAUGUUGGCUGCCAUUCCCAGGGGCCCCAGUAUGGGGCCCAGGGGAACCCAAGAGCCUUUGACUGCCCGAGUAUCCAGAUCACCUCCAUAGCUCCUAACAACCAUGUGGAGCCCGGCGUUGGCCAGGAAGCUUUGGCAGUGGGCGGGGCAGAGGGGGGCUACCCUGAGCCAUCCUGGUCCAGAGACCAGCUUUACCUGCCCCUGGACCCCUGCUACCGGGACCCAGCGCUCUGCCAAAGCCCCUGCAGCAGCUUAUCGUCCAGGAGCUGGAUGUCCGACCUCUCCUCCUGCGAGUCCUUCUCCCACAUCUACGAUGAUGUGGAGGGGGAGCUAUGCGAUGCAGCCCGCCUUGCCCUGGGGUCCCCCCUUGGGUCACCUCUGGGGUCCCCGGGCUGCGGGGGUGGAGCCUUCGGGGUGGAGUUAUGGCAACAAAAAUACCAGCAUCCUUUAGCCUUCAGCCCUGCGCUGUCGCCCCAUCAAUCGCCCCGUCAGUCGCCCUGCCACUCCCCUCGCACCAGUGUCACAGAGGAGAGCUGGCUGAACCGUCGGCCCACGUCCAGGCCGUCGUCCAGACCGACCUCCCCCUGUGGGAAGAGACGCCACUCCAGUGCUGACCCCCACGCCCGCUCACCCUCCCCUCACCACUCACCCAGCCCCACGCCGAGCGCUUCCCCGCGGGGCAGCGUGACAGAUGACACCUGGGUAGGGAGCCCCGUAGGUGCCCCCGGGCCCCUCCUGAUGUCCAGCUACCUGGAACUGGAUGUCCCCUCCAAGACCAGGAGGACGUCAGGGAGCCAGCUGGGCCUCCUUCACAGUCAAGGAGACCCUGGGCUGGAGCCUUUCCAGGAUUCUCCAGGGGAAGAGGGUCGUGAACAGGAUGGGCUGGCUGACCUCUUCCUUCAGGUGCCCUCCCACUUCACUUGGAACAAACCCAAACCUGGAAAAUCUCCUCUGUUCAGGGCCUCGUCUCCCCCUCCCCUGGACUGGCCUCUGCCCAACCAGUAUGACCAGUGUGAGCUCAAGCUGGAGGUCCAGCCCAAGUCCUACCACAGGGCACAUUAUGAGACGGAGGGCAGCAGGGGGUCCAUCAAAGCAGCUACUGGAGGACACCCUGUUGUAAAGCUGAAUGGAUACAGCGAGCAGCCGGUCAGCCUGCUGUUGUUCAUCGGCACCGCAGACGACCGGUACCUUCGCCCUCAUUCCUUCUACCAGGUCCACAGGGUGACAGGGAAGACGGUUACCACCACCUGCCAGGAGAAAAUCCUCAGUUACACCAAAGUCCUGGAGAUUCCUCUGCUUCCAGAAAAAAACAUGUCUGCCAGCAUCGACUGUGCCGGCAUCCUGAAGCUGCGUAACGCCGACAUCGAGCUGAAGAAGGGAGAGACGGAUAUUGGGCGGAAGAAUACGAGGGUUCGAGUCGUGUUCAGGGUCGCCAUCCCUCAGCCGGACGGCCGGAUGCUGUGGCUACAGACAACAUCUGUUCCAGUGGAGUGCUCCCAGCGCUCCGGCCAGGAGCUUCCUCAGGUGGAGAGCUUCAGUCCAGCCAGCGGCUCCGUGGACGGAGGAGAGGAGCUGAUCAUCACCGGAUCCAACAUCUCCACACAGUCCAGGGUUGUUUUCAUGGAGAAAGGGCCUGACGGACGAUCACUGUGGGAAGUGGAAGCCAGAGUUGUUCCUGAAAAAAGCAGCAGAUCCAGCAUUGUGGUGGAGGUCCCUCCUUACAAUAAGAAGACAGCGGGUCUGGUCGAAGUCCAGUUCUACGUCUCAAACGGUAAGAGAAGAAGAAGUCUAACGCAGAACUUCACCUACCUGCCUGGAGUCAGAUGCCACCUCCCUGCUGCUGCCGGAGCACAGAUAGUCAAACAGGAGCCCUGGGAGCUGGACCACGUCUCCCACAAUCCACCUGGAUUCUGCCCAGAUGUGGCCUAUUAUGAUUCCUGUGAUCUCCCAGUGCAUUGUGGUCCUCCUUCCCAGAAUGCACCUCGUCUCCAUCAUCCUCCUCCGUCCUCUGUCCCCCUUCAAACCCCCUUAAUGUUUCCUCACACCUCCUCCAUCCCUCUUCACUCCUCCUCCUCAAUGCCUUCUCAGACCUCCUCAGUCCCCCAUCAGGCCUUGAUUCCUCUUCAGACCUCCAUCAUACCUCCUCAGACCUCCAUCAUACCUCCUCAGACCUCCAUCAUACCUCCUCAGACCUCCAUCAUACCUCCUCAGACCUCCAUCAUACCUCCUCAGACCUUCACCAUCCCUCCUCAGACCUCCUCCCUUCCUACUCAGACCUCCUCAAUACCCCCUCAGAUCACCACAAUGCCUCCCCAGGUCUCUUCUGUCUCCCCUCAAACCUUCGCCAUGCCCCUGCAGACCUCCUCGCUGCCUCCCCACAACUCCCCCGUUGGACCUCAGAGGGAACAAUCUCCACCUCUGAGUUCCAGUAGAGCCUUUGUGACCCCUGCUGACCCCCAGAAGAACUCUCCGCUCCCCAACCCUGGAGACAUGCUGAGUAUCAAGCAGGAGCCAGAAGACCAACCGAAUCUGGGAUCCUUGGGUUUCCAGGAGAUCACACUGGAUGAUGUGAAUGAGAUCAUUGACAGAGACAUCUGCAGUCUGAGCAGCGUUGCCCAGCCGGACCAGUUUGACCAGUACCACCAGUACGAUUGGGAGAACAAGUCCGGGGACGCUGCCUUACCGUUCUGUGGAGGCUCUCAGUAGCUGCACUGCUUCCUCAGGAGACGACUGCAGUUUGGACAAAGUGCAUCAAACUGAUCUUGAAGUGCCUGAAAACCAAUCAGCAGCCUCGACGAGUCUGCGGGCCCGUUUCAUCAGGGUAUCACGUCACAUUGCUGUUUCCUCAUCUGUCUCAGGAAUUUCAGUGCAAAGCCGGCUCGUACCUCACUGACAAACCAAAGACUUUUUAGCCUUUCGUGACGAAUGAGAAGAAUUGUAGAAUAAAAGGGCUGAAAAUCAACUGUGAGAGCAGUGAUUUAAUUUGACACAAUCAUAACAAUCAGUAACAUCAUUACACAAAAAAAAGAGGAAAAUCCUGUCAUUAUUUAUUGGCCAGUUAAUUAAGAAAUCUAUUUUUGAUACUCAGGAUCCAGUCCAUUAAAAACCAAAGUCCUUCAGCUGAUCAUUUACAUUUUUUUUAUAGCUUGGUUUUACUCUGUUUACAUUUCCUUCGCUGAAUUACAUUACUGCUGUUCAACCUCAACUGUUUUGGUGUGAAUCUUAAGACACUGAAUUAUAGAAAUGUAUUGUAAGGUUGAAGUAAAAGGAAAAGAAAAGUC